UUCACCACAUUGGGCCUUUUCCUUCCCCUUGCUCCUAUCUAUCCCUCCUCGACCACACCUCUGCUCUCUCUCCCAUGUCCGCUGCGAGAGGACGGUAGUACACCCACCCGACCCGACCUGCUCCACCCACCCUACCUGUGUGAGAGAGCUCCCCGUAGCAUAUCUAGAUCAGAAUUAGCUUUCUUGAUUUUUAUAUGCUUAUCCACCACCGCCGCCUCUCUUCGUCUCUCCAUUUCGUCUCGCCGUCGACCGCUGCAAACACGCUCGUUUGAUGCUGCUGCUGUUGCUGCUCUUGUAACUGCACACCCCAGCUCUCACUCGACUCGACCUCUCAGCCACGCCCGCCCCCGUUGCCUAUACAACACCACCUCCAACAAACCCUCUCCAACACCAUUCACACAUACCAUCACCACCACCAUGGAGAUGUCGUCACCUCUGGCAGCCAUGCAACCACCACCGUUGCCUUGCGGCCCGUGGGGUUACCGCCGUGACUUUCCUUCAAAGCCGCUCUUCGCAUCCCACCCCAAGAACUUCAACUUCCGCGACCUCAGCAUGAAGAAGCCAAAUAUCGACUACUUCAGCUUACAACCCAUUGCUGGUUCGUCGCCGACUGCGAGUCUUGCCGCCGACAUGUCUUCCAACUUGCACGUCGAUCAGAGCCCCCAGCUCGCUACGCCUCGGAGAUCGUUGUUCACAUCAAAUCUGAUGCAGCAAUUAGACAAUCGAGCAGAAGAUACCAAGACACCCCCAGUCCGCUGGGAAGGCGUCACGACACCACCGAUCCCUUCAUCGUCGCCCAACUUUGUUCCUGACUCGAUGGACAUGUCGCCUCUACCACACAAAGCUCCCUUCAGCUUCGCCAAGGAGCGUUUCCUGCCUUCGCCUUGCCCAAUCGACACUGCGACCGCAAACGCUGCAUCGCCAAUGGAUGAUGAUAUGCUGUCUCCUUGUGGCCUGCCAGCUCCUCCUCCUCCAUUUCCCUUGCCGCAGAUAGAAGAACCACGACCGGUAUCAUCUUCCGAAAACCGAAAGUCGAUUCUUCUACGACCGAGUCUGGCAAAGUCGAAGAACUACUCCACUAACACCGUAACCUUCAAGUCACAAGAACAAAACCCCCUGCCCCCUUUCAAGUUUGGCGCCGGAGUUGACUGCUUCACUACGAAGAUGUCCCUUGACGAAUGCUUUACCACCUCCUCCCCACCAGAACGUCGACCCAUCAGCUCUCAUCUUGCACCCUCGAGACCCAAGAUGUUCGAGCGUAGCACCAGCGCCUCCCGUGCUAGCGGUUCUCCCAUGUGUGCUAUUAGGAAGCCUGUUGGUCCAUCCGCCCGCCGUCCUACCAAGUUUCGACGAUCGCUCAGCAUGUACGAACACCCUGGCGACGUGAUGAAUGCCAAGCAAGAGAAGGAGGACUACGCCCCGAGCUGCUUGCAGUCAGUGAUGGACGUUGAUGAGGUCGCCCCCCCGAAGCUGCCUUUCCUCGCGAGUGAAGAGCCAGACAGCCUCCCUCGUAUUUCCAAUACUACCCUCGUGGAAGUUCUGGAUGGCAACUACGAUCACCUCUACGACAAAAAGGUCAUUGUCGACUGUCGGUUUGAAUAUGAAUACACUGGGGGCCACAUCGAUGGUGCCGUCAACUACUGCGAUAAAGACCUCCUCGGACAGCGGCUGUUCACCCCCGAGUCUGCAACUACCACUAGCAACACCUUGAUCAUUCUUCACUGCGAGUACUCUGCGCAUCGCGCUCCUCUCAUGGCUAAAUACGUGCGAAACGAGGACCGCAAGGUCAACGGCCAUCGCUAUCCGCAACUCACCUAUCCCGAGGUGUACAUUCUUGAUGGAGGCUACAGCUCCUUUUUCGAGUCUCACCGUAGUCGCUGCUUUCCUCAACAGUACCUUCGCAUGGAUGCCAAGGAGCACCAAGAUAAAUGCGAGCGCGGCAUGGACAAGCUUCGUCAGCGAUCCAAGCUUAGCCGUGCUCAGACCUUUGCUGUCGGCCAGCGAAGCCCCGGUCUCGAAGAGAGCCCUACCGCCAUCGGUCGUGUGCGCAGCGGCAGCAACUUGAACCUUUCAUCCGACACUCUCAGCAUUGGUCGGCUUGGAACCCGCCGCAUGGCUUCUUAUUAA